UAUUAAUCAUCACACCAUACCAUACAACCUUUAAUUCCCUUCUCACUACUUUCAAAAAAUAAAAUAAAAACAAAUAUAUAUUACAUUUACACACACUUAAAAAGUGUGUGUGCUCAAACUUUAAUCCUUUUUUCUUAAAAGAGAGAAUGGGGGAGCAAGUUGAAAAGCCACCGGAGGAAAAGAAACCAGAGGAAGAGAAAAAAGAAGAGCCUGUGAAGACUGAAGAGAAAAAGGGGGAGGCGGCGCCGGCGGCGGAUGAGAAAAAAGAAGAGACGCCGCCGCCCCCACCUCCGCCGCAAGAGAUUGUUUUGAGAGUUUUCAUGCAUUGUGAAGGAUGUGCUAGGAAAGUCCGUCGUUGCCUUAGAGGCUUUGAUGGUGUGGAGGAUAUACAAACAGAUUGUAAGACACAUAAGGUUGUUGUGAAAGGAGAAAAAGCAGAUCCAUUAAAGGUUCUAGAGAGGGUCCAAAAAAAGAGUCACCGGAAAGUUGAACUUCUUUCUCCGAUACCCAAACCGCCGGCAGAUGAACCUAAAGCUGAAGAAAAACAGCCACCAAAGCCUGAAGAGAAAAAAGAAGAGCCUCCACAGGUGAUAACGGUGGUCCUCAGAGUUAACAUGCAUUGUGAAGCUUGUGCUCAAGAGAUUAGAAAACGCAUUUUAAGAAUGAAAGGGGUGGAAAGUGUAGAACCAGAUCUAAAAAACUCACAAGUAUCCGUUAAAGGAACAUUUACGGCGCCGCAAUUAGUGCAACACAUUCACAAAAGAACCGGAAAAAACGCCGUCAUCGUUAAACAAGAUCCCGAACCUAAAAAAGAAGCCGGCGGCGACAAAGGGAAAGUAGAGAAAAAAGACGACGGCGCCGCAGAAAAGAAAGAAGAAUCGAAAGAUGAAAAAAAAGAAGAGUCGAAAGACACAGAUGAAAAGAAAGAUAGCGGCGGUGAAAAAGUUGAAGGUGAAGCGGCGGCGGCUGGUGGCGAAGGAGAAGAAAUGCCAAAAGGGAUGAUGGAAUUAAGAAAAAGUGAAUUUUAUUAUUACCACCCACAAAAUUACCAAAUAUAUCCAACAAGAUAUACAGCGGAAUCUUCAUAUGGGUACCCACCAGCACCGCAAAUGUUUAGUGACGAGAACCCCAAUGCAUGUUCUGUUAUGUGAAAAAAAGUUAAUAAUAAUUAAAAGGGGUAAAAUGGGAAAAAAAGAUAGAAGCACAUGGGGGGUGGAUUGUCGUGGUGUUCAUGUGGGUGGUGGUGGUGGCCUUUUCUGUGGAUUUAGCAGGCAAAUAAGAUGUUAAUUUGUCUUGGUGGUGGUGGUGGUGGUGGACGAAUGGUGCAGACCUGAUGGUGGCUUUUUGUAAUUUUUCUAUCAUUAUUUUUAUUUUAUCCUUUUUACUUUUUGGGGUAGUAGCUCUAAUGGUAAAGUAAUGGUGAUAAAUUGUUGUUACUAUAUAUGAUGAUAAAAUGGUGGAGUAAAAUAAUAAUAAUGGUGCGUCAUCUUCAUAUAUGUGAAAUAUAUAAAUAAUAUAAAUGAAUAAUUUUGGAGAUUAUCAUCA